AUGACUACUUCUCUAGAAGCUUAUCUAUCUGCGUUUGCAGAUAUACUUACUUCUGAUGAACGCAAUCUCUUACUUAAUCCACCUUAUGUGCUCGACGUUCCCCUUGAUUCUCUUAUCGAGCCAAUGCGUAGACGAAACCAAACCCGAUAUUCAAGGCCUCCCCGGCCGGCUAAUAGUUGGGUUCUUUUUUGCAAAAAUUUCAAUCGCAGAUUACGAUCUCAAUACCCUGAACAGUCAUACAUGCUUGCUGCCGUCACUAGGAUGGCUAUGAACGAUUGGAAUAAUCAGCCGAUUGUAGUCAGACAGUAUUUUGACCUCCUUUCCAGAUUGGCUAUGCAGCGGCAUAGGGAAGUUUAUCCUCUAUUGGCGCAAACGAUACCAUCAGCUUAA